AUGAAUUUCAUCCUGUAACUACUUCAUAUACCGCGUAAUGUCUCGUCUAUAUAUAUGUAGAUUAUUGCAAAUAACUUUAGAAUUGAAGUCUUAAUAGAUGUAUUAAAAUUGUUAAUGAAACGCGAUGUAAUUUGAAUUACAAGUUUACGUUCGCGCGGCGCGCUCGUUAAAUAAAUACGAAAGUGAACGGUCUAUAGUGAUUCCGGCGAAUAAAGCGAAUCGCGAUUGUUAUUCCCGAACGAAUGGAUUUGGUUGGAAAUUAAGAAGAUACGGCAGAAUUAUUUCAACUAGUUUUUCUUUCUUUCUUUCUUUUUUUUUUUUUUUUUUUAAUUAACACGUUAACGGUCUAGCCUUUCGAAAAUUCUGAAUAAAUCUGGGAUAUCACCAUAGGUUAUCCAGAGCAAUUGUGAAAAGCAAUUUUUUAAUCAAUGAAACAUAUUAAUAUUAAAUGAGGCAUGAGUUGGGAAUAAUUUUAUUAUUCAUAAUAAAUAACGAGAAGAAACAAUAAUUCGAGGCACGUUAAAAUUUCAGAUUAUUUCACUUGCGAUUAUUAGUAUUUUUAAAAACGCUCGAAUUUAUUACAUCUAUAAUUAUAACACUUGAAUUAUUCACGAUAUUCGUGUAGAAAUUGUUACGAAGAGACCCGAUUUCGUUCCUUGCCAGGAGUAAAUUUCAAAUAAAUAAAGACGCAUCUAAGAUUUUAGACCGAUAUUAAAAUACAAGUUGAUCCUUGAAGAAAAAAACUUUACAACGUCAAGUCGAAUAACUUGUGUCGUUAAUAGAGCGCGCAUAUCGCGUUCGAACGCACAGUCGUAGAAAUACAAAUACAAACGUUUCACGGCGGUGAAGGUGAGUUUUCGACAGCGCGGCUGGAAAACCGUGUUAAUGGAAAACCCGACAUUCCCAUCGUGUAA